AUGAGUCGCAUUGCGGAAAUCGACGCUUCCCAGCAGCGCUACCAUGAUAUUGUCCUGAUACAGGAAGCAAUACUCUCGCGACCUAAGACCUCCAACAACACCAUGAACUACACACAUCUACCGUACGCUGUCCCCAGCGGAUACUUCCCCGACCCGAUGAACGACAACCCGCUCCAUCUGGAAGCCGGCUUCCCGAGCGAAGAACAAUUUCUCUACGACGGCAUGAUGACAGGGCUGGACCUAGACGUGCUACAACUGUUGAACUCGCAGGACAACGGAAUGGGGAAAUUGCCAUCAAACGAGGGCAAGAUAUUUCCCACACAGGAGAUGGUGGGAGUCGCGGGUGCCGACUCGGGUAAAUACCAUCAUCAACAACCACCGCCACUAUUCACAGACCUCCCCACCUUCCCAACCGAGCAGGGCUUAAACGACCUCCUUCAAUCAGCCUCCCCGCUAGCUGCCGAGCGUGCGUUGUUCAUGAGCACCGGCGCCAAUCCCAACAUCGACGGCAGCAACAACAGCGCGGGUAGCCCCACAGCCGCAGCACAAGGGCACUCACAGACAACGCUACACCACUCCCCGCCUCCUCUUCUCGCCUUUGACGAUCUCGACCCCUGCAGCUCCCCCGAUACCAGCCAUUUCUCGUACCCUGGCUACGACGACAUUUAUUACGGUGUCCCCGGGGAGCCGUUUCCCAUGUCGGAUGUGGCUGUUGCUUCGCUUUCUAAUUCCCAGUCUCUGGGUCAUCCGCUAUUGCCGUCUCAUGGUAAUGCCAACAACAACAAUGAUAAUCUGCUCGAAAUGCCGGACGGAAGCACCCGUUUAACUGCGAAUUGGCUUCCUGUUGAUCCAGAGGUGGGGUUCACGAUCGACGUUCCGCGAUAUGCCCGUACAUCUGGUGCUUGA